AUGACGGGUAUGCAACCUAUUCCCCCAGAGGUGUCCGAAUGGCGCCUCAAAGUGGCCAAUGUCGUUCAUGAUGUCUUUGCUUCUUUCUUUUCCUCAGAUCGCUCCUCUCGAACAUCUGAAAAUGGGGAGUCUGGUGACGAAACUACGACUCGUGCCUCUCGGGGCCUCGAAACAAGCCGAUGGGCACCCCAGAAUGCGAGUACAAAUGCCUCGAAGACAGGCGCCAGCAGGUCUAAUACACGAGUGGCCAGUGGAAGAAGCCUUGAAGACAGUCGCUGGGCGCCAAAAGACGUGGUGCAGUGCAAUAGCCCUGCUGCUCGAGGGCUGGAGGAUAGUAUGUGGGCGUCGAAGAGUCAAAAGGGCACAGAGGGAAAGAGCCUUGCUCCCAGUGACAGUCCUGCACACUCUUCCUCUCUCCCCUUCACUUCUUUCACUUUUUUCCCAUCUUCACUUUCAUCCACCCAACCCCAGCCUCUUCCUUCCCACUCUCUUUCAUCUCCAUCUUCCUCAUCUUCCCCUCAAGUCUACUCAAACUGUUCUCGAAUCUCUUCUGAUCCUAUUUCUCGUACUUCGCCAAACAAAUCCCCCAUAAUGUUUUGCCCCGCGGAUGUGGACGACACUGCUGGGUUCAUGGCAGUCGUUCGCGCUAGGAAUCAAAGCAUCCAGGCCACCACGUCUGCUGCCAUCCACGACACGUCCAGCGACCAAGAAAUAUAUCCUAAACCUUCUACUUUUUUCGUUGGCAAUCCUACUUCUCCUGAGUCUGUCCUGUCAUCUCCCAGCUCGCUCGCUGGUAACCACGGUGGUAGCCAGGGCGACGCGUCUCCAACCCCCAAGGAAUUGUUUGGUAAGAAAAGAAAUUUCUCUCCUGUUGACAGCCCUACUGCGUCUGAAUUUGUGCCUUCGUCUUCCAGUUCGCUUGCUGGUAACUUUUCUGGUAGCCAGAACCCUUUUUCCCCUGUUGGUUCUAGAAUCUCCAGCUUCGUUGGCAACCCUGCUGCGGAAGAGUUUGUGCUUUCUAAGCCCAGCUCCUUGGUCGAUAAUCCUGUCAAAGAUACAGUCUCUGUGUCUUUUCCGAAGGUAGAUAUUGCUACUACCGAUCAUGGCUCCCAUGAGAACGGUGGGCUUGACAGUUUCGGUUCCAAGCCUCAGCUUACCGUUCCUAAAACUGCAUCUUCAAAAGAACAAGAGAUUGUCACCGGCGUGGAUGAUACUGCUGGAUUUAUGGCUGCUGUGCGCGCCUUGAACCAGUCACGUAAUGUUUCUGCCAUUAGCGGCACCACCGCUGUCGAACAGACCCCCAAUUUGACGGACGUGGUGAGCGAUAAUGCGGAGCCGGAACAACCUACUAAACUUCCUGUCGCAUCUCCCGCCAGGGAUUUUUUUACGUCAUCUCAACUCAAGGUCAAGAGGGAGUCCACUGAGGGAUUCGCCGCUUUUGAUACUGAGGAUCCGGUCCGAAGUAUCCAACCGUCUAGUGAGCCUCCUACUUUUGAGGAUCCUCCUGGUAUCUCGUUUGAGAAAGUCAAUGUGGACGAUACAGUGACCGUGGUGUCUCCUUCCAUUGAGGAACCUCCUACUACGUCUUCAUCGGAGAAGCCGGCCAAUGUGGAUGACACUGCGGCAUUCAUGGCUGCUGCCCGUCGCCUAAGACGUGCUCCUGCAGGUGAUACCGCCGAACCCAAGGGUACUGCUCAAAACACGGUCGAACCGCAAAGUAGCUGGCUGAACAGCCUGUCUCCUUUGAAAGAAGACUUGGGAUCUCUUGAUAUUUUCAAUGCGCCUCGUCAACUUGUGGCUCCCGUUCAGAACCUGAAGCGCGCUGGAAUCGGCCGACUCAGCAUGUCUCCUGCUGAACACUUUGUUUCCGCGGCUUGUUCUCCAGCAGUGAAGAUUAACGAUGAUUUGGGUGAUGCUGCGAGUUUGCACACUGUCACCGUUCCAAAGCAAGAGCCUGUCAUCAAUGGAUUUCCAACUGCUUCUAAUGGCAUAGAUCAUGCCGAAUCCUUGUCUAUGACUGAUCAUGUUAAUGACUCCGAGCCUGAAGCGCCAAAGGAGAAGGUUGCAAUUAGCGUGAAUGACACGGCUGGUUUUCUUGCAGCUGUUCGUGCUUUGAAGGAGAGAAACCGGUCUCCUAGCAAUUCCUACACUAAUGCAGCUCCUCAUGAGAGGAAGGCUUCAAAUGAAUACGGUUCUGCAACUCGUGCUCAUCCGAGUAUCACCGCUGUCGAAGACGAGGAUCGCGAGAAUCUGAUUACUUUCAAGUCGUGGGGUACCCCGGCUCCGCGAGACAAGCCUCCUUCGCAAGUGAGACGCAUCAUCCUUACUGGAUUGCCUUCUAGCUGGGCUACCCCCACCAAGGUGCUGUCUCUCAUUCACGGCGGUGCUAUCGAGAAGGUCAACAUUGAUUCGUCCGGAAAUGCUUAUGUCUACUUCUGCGACCAUGAAGCCUGCAAAGCAUUCUACGAAAAGUACCCGAACGGUAUCGGUCUUGGCCAGAGCAAUGUCUUCGUUGAUAUAGGCCAGGAGGUCGACGUUGUCAGCUCACAGUUGGCCUUGAGCCGCUCCAUUGGCGCUACCCGUGUUGUCCGUGCCGUGGGUGUUGACCUGAAAGUCACGAUGGACCAGCUUCACCAAAUUGCCACCGGCAACAACCGUAAGAUCGAGAAGAUCACGGACAACUACGUUCCUGGCGAGGCUCGUGCUGUGAAUUUCCGUUUCUGCAACAUCGACGACGCGAAUAAAUUCCGUGCAAUGCUUGUCCGUGAUGUUGACUGGGAGCAUUGCAAUAUUCAAUAUGGGAAGGAUCCGUAA